GCUCCAGGUGCAAAAAUGCUGUCAGGCUCAUUAAGAGGGACCUCUCCGAGAUCCGGCUAUUCAGUUCAGCGCAGAGCAGAGCUCUAAACGGACAGAUUACUACCAGAUAGACUGCCGCGUUAGUGAGCGAUUUUUUUUAAUGAAUUCCAUUUCUCUUUGGGUCGAUUACGGACUAUAGAGCGACACUAUAGAAUUGCUGGUUAGGUGUGACGGAGUUUUUGGAGUUUACCUUUUAGUUUAUCGUUUGUCAAAAUGAUUUGAGAGUAUUUGUUUUGACGAAAAUACUGUUUUCCGACGGCCUGGUGGAGAAAUCCGUUACCUGAGGAUAACAAAUCAAAGAAAUCUGCUUUAAACGAAUAAUUGUACCAGGGAUUCCCCGUCUCCGAAUGAAGGGAUUUGUGCGCAUUUUCGGUUGCAGUCUUUCUAGAAAAUUGGUUGACUCAUCAUCGCCUUGAGUGCCUUCGCCUGGUUUUUGUUUUGAGCUCUCCCAGAAAUGGUGGGACACCUACAUUUACAAGCUAUGGAUGAUAGUCUGAAAGGAAAGAAUCGGGAGGGACUGCUUGACAGUCCGGAUUCGGGACUCCCUCCGAGUCCAAGUCCGCCCUUCUAUUCGCUGUCUCCAGGUCUGCUCGAGUCGCGCUCCGGGAGAUGUUCAACGCCAGUCGAGAACCAUGGAUACUAUAAAAAGGAGAGCAAAGGCAAACUGCUGCCGUACCUUCUCCUGAACUCAACGGGGACGGACCCGAGGACACGCAUGUACCCUGUGUUCUUUGGUGAGAGCAUCAAGGUCAACCCCAAACCUGAAACAGAGAUCAAGUGUAACUCUGAAGUGAAGUACGACUCAGACAGGCACUACCGGGACCAGGUGUACUGCGCUCCCGUUCCCACGGUGACUUCCUACAGCGAGAUGGUGGUGGCCGUGCAGAACUGCACCUGGCGGCGCUACAAGUCCCAGGUGUACCUAGAGCCACGUCAGAGGCCCCUGCACUACCAAAGCACCACCAUUGUGUACCCCAAACAUGCCAAGAACACUUACCGCACCACGCUCAACUACAACGCUACGGGUUCCCAACGGUGGUUUGUCUCCACCGUCCAGCUGAAGUCCAGUGAGGACAGCAGCCCCUGCAUCAUCUACGCUGAGGACCUCUAAACCUGAUCUCAGACCUGACCUGCCUGGCUAUUCCUACUGUUGUGGACUGGAUACACGCAGAGGCUGAAAGACAAGUGGACAAACAGGAAGACUGAUAGACUGACACACAGAGGGUGGUAAUAUUGCAUACUGUAUAAGGAAUAUUGUAGGGGGAGUACAUCAAAUCACAAAGGCCUUUAAUGAGUUGUCCUUCAUGUUAAUUUGUCUUGUGGGGCAGAGCGCUGCCAGUCUGUAGCCUCUUCUCUCCAGGAACACCUCUGGGGUUGAUGGUAGCAUGUUACACACUUUAUUUGACUGUAAAGAUUAAUUAUAGAAAUGGACAUAUUCAUGCUCAAAAGCUAACAUGUGAAUCCACACAGAUGCAUGCAAAGCAGUCUAAUAGCUUGGUUGCACUUAUUUUAACAUUGUGUAAAUUGUGGGUAUUCUGAAAAGAGGGGGAAACCAAAAGAUUGGACCAAAGAUUUUGUUACAAAGUAGAUUUCACCCUAGUAGUAAGUAAUGUCCUUGUCACAUCCUCAUCAGACUCUCAAACACGACUCCUGCAUUAGGUCUACAACACUGCAUCGUUCUCAUCCCAACAAGUGUCUUGAGGGUGUCACGAGCACAUCAGUGUCGUCUCUCAAAAGAUGCCCAGUGACGUCAAACUCAUCUCUGCGGCUUUGCUGUCUUGCUUUGACAGACACCAAACCACAUCUUCAUGACAAUAGACAUUAGGGACCUCAAACUCUAGAAUGUGCCUUUUUAGUCUGAUAGACACUGAGGCAUUUUAAAGCUAGAAUCCUUCAUUGAAACAAUAACAAAGUGGUCACUGUGUUUUGGUAAAAAGCUGAGGGAUGGGCCUGGAGAAAUGUAACCACAAAUUCAUAGACAGAGCUAUGGAUGCAAAGACUGACUCGUUUUAACCAUGUUUUGAGGCUUUACAGUGUUUACGUUUACAUUGUUUACAAACAUUGGAGUAAAACAAGCUUGUAUUAAGGGUUAUGGUAUGACAGUUGAACUAAGUUCAUGAGGCAUUUCUAAGUUAUAUUCUUCAAGAAUCAAUAGGUGUAUAUAUCACUAAUUUAAAAGUCUAAAAAUGGAUGUAGCAACUAAGGAUUCUAGCUUUAAAUGAAAACAUCACAUUAUCCAUGCCAUGUUCUACAACAAAUCAGAAAUGGAGUCUGAGGCACCUUCAACAGCAGGCACAGAGUCAAGGUUUCUGUUCUAGAUUGCCUCUGGUGAAGGAGAUGCUUGUUGUCACUGCCAUAACUACAAGUCAACCUGCCAGUUGGAAAUGCCAACGUUGGAUCCAGAGAAGAGGAGGGAGAGCAGAGCUAACCCGAGGAACAUUUCUAUUUUAAGACAUGGCUAGCUCUAGCCUCUGAUAUCCAGGUUGUUUGGCAGACUGGUAAACACGACCAUAAAAAUCCAAACAUGUUACUCUCUCCAGCACACUGUUGUUAUAUACAGGAUAGUGAAAUGGGUGGCUUAGAUUUAUUCACAGCUGUCAGGUGUUGUAGGAAAAUAAUAUAAAUUCUUAUUUGUAUUAAGAAUUGCCAGAUCUCGCUCACAACGUUUUUUUUGUCUGUUUUAUAUAUAUGGAUUAUGGAACCUGGUAAAUAUUGAACCGUGUAUUAUGAAUUCAGAUCUCUUACCUCCAUUUUUUUUUUAAUCUCUACUUUAUUUCAUAGAAAAUUUGCAUUUUCUACUUUUAAUUUACAUCUUGAGCUACUUUUGUAAUGAAGAAAAUGUAGGUGUUGAAAAUUGACAAAGGAAGGCGUGUUUUAUACACUAGAGAAUAUGGACUGAAGAAAGUGAGAGAAAGUGGAGAGGCUCUGUUUUUGGAGGCUUUCUUAAGGGUCAAGAUGUUCUGAAUAUUGAGGUCUACUGUAACUGUUACAAGUGCAACAGCAGCUUUAUAAUACUGAUGGUUUGAACCAUAGGUAUUACAGUCGCUGGUACAGAAAGAGGCCGUUCAGUGGAAAGAUUGCUGUGGAUUUCUGUGAUGUGCAGGUGGUAUGUGAGAAGUCAUGAGCUAUACGAUUGAGGUGAUGAAAGUCUAAGGGUUUCAAAGCAUUUGGUUGUUUUGUUUAAGAUACUUUCGAAUUAAUGAUGUUAGUGUUUCCUAACGGUUGAUUUUGUUCUUGUAAAAUACUUUCCUGUUGUAUAUGUGGCAUCGAGGCACUUCAUAAUUCUCUUUAUAUUUUUGUAUAUUUCCUGUGUCAAUCAUCUUUUUUGUUUGGGGAAAAUAAAAAAUUAUUUAAUUGAAUAAAAAUCUUUUAAUUGAAUAAAAGAUAAAAUACCAAAA